AUGUUUUGGGUUUUACGCGAUGGCACCGGUUACUUGCAGUGUGUUCUGAACGAUGUUUUGAAUCCCACUCUUCAAUUGCAGUGCCAGUGCUAUGAUGCUGUCACUCUGAACACUGAAAGUGCGGUAGAAGCUUACGGAAUUAUCAAGAAUGUGCCGGAAGGAAAACAAGCUCCAGAUGGCCACGAACUGGUGGUAGAUUACUGGCGACUGAUUGGCGAUUCUCCUCCUGGAGGCAUUGAUAACGUUCUAAAUGAAGAGGCGGGUGUUGAAGUGAUGCUAGACAACCGACAUCUCGUCAUACGUGGUGAAAAUGCCUCACGAAUAUUGCGCAUUCGAGCCGCAGUUACUCGUGCAAUGCGUGAACACUUCUAUCAUGCGGGAUACACCGAAGUUUGCCCACCAACUCUUGUGCAAACUCAGGUCGAAGGUGGAUCAACUUUGUUUGCCUUAGACUACUUCGGUGAACCGUCAUAUUUAACGCAAUCUUCUCAACUAUACCUGGAAACGUGCAUUGCUUCGUUAGGAGAUGUUUACUGCAUUGCUCAGUCAUAUCGAGCCGAAAAAUCGCGCACACGCCGGCAUCUGGCCGAAUAUGCUCAUGUGGAGGCUGAGUGCCCUUUUAUCACUUUCGAUGAACUCAUGGAUCGUAUUGAGAAUAUAGUGUGUGACACUGUUGAUCGACUACUUGCAGACCCUGUCGUCAAAGCGACUAUGUAUAGUAUGAAUCCACACGAUAUACCUAACGAACAUGGCGAAAAAUUCCGUCAUGGUGAUGACAUCGCUGAAGCAGCAGAGAGGAAGAUGACUGAUACAAUUGGCAUGCCAAUCUUGCUCAACAGAUUUCCAGCUGCUCUCAAAUCGUUCUAUAUGUCACGUUGCAAGGACGACAAUGAGCUUACUGAGUCUGUAGAUCUAUUAGUUCCUGGUGUCGGUGAAAUAGUCGGUGGAUCAAUGCGUAUAUGGCAAGAAGAGGAGCUUUGCGAAGCAUUUGGCAGAGCUGGAAUCGAUCCUAAAAAUUACUAUUGGUACGUGGAUCAACGAAGGUAUGGUGCUGUACCACAUGGAGGUUAUGGUUUAGGAUUGGAACGGUUCAUAUGCUGGUUAGCCAAUGUGCAUCAUAUUCGGGAUGUCUGUCUGUAUCCUCGAUUUAUCGGACGAUGUGCUCCUUGA